AUGAACAGGAUAACUCUGUACGACUUUAUAUUAGAUGAAGUAAGGGGGGGGAGGUACUACGACUCGUACCUGAGUGACGGUGAAAACGGCGAGGGAGGCGCGGCGGCAGCGGCGGAACGGAAAGGGAAGAAAAAUUUAAGCGAAGGGAAUGGCCCCGUAAGAGGGGCAACGAAGGCGCCAGGCACUGGUCAGGCAAAUAACCCCGGAAAGGAUGACCGUCAGUACGACUUUUACAAAUUUUUGGACACCUUUUUUAAGACGGACUCGAUCCCAGAAAAUGCAUUGGAACACAUGUUGAACGUGCCCUACUUCUUGGAGAAAAUCAUGAGCUUCUCCUUCCUCCUCUGUUUAGAUAACAUCCUCUACGACAUUACCUUCAUGCCUGUACAAGUCAUACGCUCCCUCUCAAUUUUGCUGUACACCUUCCUGAGAAAUGCUGCGCGUAAUUUCCUCCGCCAUUUUUGCAAUAUAAAAAAUUUCAAAUUUUAUAAAUAUGCAACAACGUACAAUUAUAAAGAUUUAAAAAAAUACAAAGCGAGGAUGAUUAAAAGUUCAAAUAAAUUUUCUCCAAGUGAAAGAAGAAAAAGAAGAGUGUUAAAAAAAAAAAAUAAAAAAAUUGACACUGAUGAUCAUUCAGGGAAGAAAAACUCCCUUGAAUGUUCCUUCAGUUUGAAAAAAAAUUCGUCUAAGAACUCCUUUUUUGGACAUCCUCGUGCAAAUUGCUUCGCCUACAACGUCAAUUACUCCAACUCGGAUGAACUCAGCUUCGAGGGGGUGAAGAGCAUUUCGCAGAAUAACUCCAUCGACACGAAUGCCGUGCUCAGCAGGUUAAGGAGUCUGAACAAACUGGGCAGCAGCGCCGUCCUGGGCAGCAGUGCGGUCCUGAGCGGUAGCGCGGAUCUGGGCGGCAAUGUGGUCAUAAGCGGCAGUGCGGACUUGGGUGCCAACCUUGACAGGUGUACCAUCCACCCCUGUGCCGACCCCCCAAUCGGCAGCUCCGGCGAAUACGCCGGUGGGGGGCCACUCCAAAAUGGCGGCUCCAUCACAGGCGCGAAGAAAGACGACGCCGACCACCUGAGGGACGCCCAUCUUGAGAGGCGAAAAAGGAGGGCCGAGAUAAAGCACAACAAGAGAAUGCUCCAAAUGCUUAAUAAAAAAUCGAUAGAAAAAAAUGCUCUACGAAGGAGAAAGACAACCCGCCUAUCCCGUCGCCUCCUCUUCGAACCGCUCUCAUUUGCGAAAAGGAAAAUAUGCCACGUUUUAAAAAGUUCAGUCAAGAGUGUGUACGACGUGUUCAAGCGCGUCUGCAUCAGAGUGCUGCUCUUCUUUCACAUCAACAGACUCUACUCGUGCAGCAUUUUUAACGCCGAGGAGAAGAAGAAGAUCGUCACCCGGUCGUUCGAGGCGAAGUGCCUGGGGAGUGGCAAGAAGGGGGCCGACCGCGCGGAGGAAGGGCAAAGCGAGGCGGCAAAAACGGAGGAACGCAAAAGCGAAGCGGCGAAAACGGAGGAAGGGCAAACCUGCGGUGACCCAGCGACGGAACAGCUAAGCCGGGAUGACCAAGCGGAGGGCGAACCCGCGGCGACUUCGCAAACUGGCGAAGCGCGCAAAGGGGAGAGCCCAAACCAGGCGAGCCACCCAACGCAGAAGAAGGAGGAGCCCCCAAACGAAAGCGCACUGUUCCUUCCAAUCAGCAACCGACAAAGCAGCACGAACAAUUAUUCACAACAGGGUAAUCCCCCACCAAACGGGGAUGACCAAGUGAGUGAUUCUUCCAACCAGAGCGUCUACACAACUGAUGGAAGCGACCUCUCUUGUAGUAGCAACCCCUCGGAUAUAUGCGAAGUGUUCGACGGGGUGCUAUUCUUGGAUGGGCAGAGUAACCCCGACGAAGAAAACAACCCAAGUGACCCAUACGGACAGAACCAGAGCGGUCAACUCGACCCCCUUUUUAUGACUCAAAAGCGAAACAGCGAAAACUGCGUCUACUACAAACUCAAUGAGGGGUUCACCAAGCGAAGGAGCAUCAUCAAAAAUAUUUCCAAAGUUAAAGAAAUGAAAAGGAAAUUACUCAAACAGCACUUGAACUCUCUCAAGUUAUCCUUUCCAGAAUACAGCGGGCUAAUCAGAAUGUCCCUCAUCCUUAUCUGCAUCUACAUUUUUUCCUUUGUGGACACUUCUAGGAUUUACCAUUACAUAAGAGCCCAGCCAUUUAUGAAACUAUACGUUGUGCUGAACAUGCUGGAAAUUGUGGAGAGACUGCUGAGGUCCUUAGGGAAGGACCUCAUAGACAACAUGAUUCGAACGUUCAUCAGAAUUAUUAACUUAAGAUCCUAUGUGUACAUUGUUAGGAACCACUACACGAGUAAAGAGGGUGAGCGAGAGGCGGGGGGGGUGCCCGGGAUGGCUGAACAUGGCUCAGGUGGGGUUCCGUCAGGUGGGGUUUCCCCAGGUGGGGCUCUGCAAGGGGGGAAAAAAGCUACCUUCCCAGCAGCUUCUCCCACGACUACCACAAAUGGAGCUACCACAGGGGGACCCUCCACCCAAGCGGAGCACUACCCCGAAACAAACGCAACCCCAACUCGGGAACAUCCAAAUCAGGGUGAGGCACCCCCGAGUGAUGACCAAGCGGCGAGCAAACCGGCAGGCAUUUGCCCAGUUGGCAACGACGCACAGGAUGUGGAGAUGUGCAGAAGUGAAGUUUCCAGCGCCCCCAGACACAACCAUAUCCCAAGCCAGAACCAAAACCAGAAUCAGAACGCAAAUCAGAACCAGAACCCAAACCAGCUGAGCCCAAACGAACGGGAAAAAAACAAAAUCGACUGCCUCAAAAAUAACAAAGAUAAGGACAAAGAUAAGGACAAAGACAAGGACGACCAAACGAACAAGAAAUUUAAAAUCCCCAUCUUCUACCCCUUCUACAGCAUACUCAUCAAAUUUAUUGUGCAGUACAUUUUUGUUCUUACCUAUAUCUUAACCCACGCCUUUGCGCAUCUGAUACGCUUCCUCUCGCUGAACAUUGCGAUCAAUUCGUCGGAGUCGACCAUGUUCCUAAUCCUUGUGAUGAGCAACUUCACAGAAAUCAAAUCAACCGUCUUCAAAAAAUUCUCCAAGACUUCCCUCUUCACAAUUGUGGCCUCAGAUGCAGUGGAGCGCUUCUACCUCUUCAUCGAUGCCUUCCUCGUGCUGCUAAAAAUGUCCACUGCCUACAGAACGCAGAAUUCCUUUUUUAGCAUUUCCAGCUGGCUCAUAAUUAUUCUGCUCCUCGAGGUCGGCGUCGACUGGUGCAAGCACUCCUACCUGCUCAAGUACAACAAGCUGGACUCCGACUCCCUCAACAAGUACUUCCACACCCUCCUGGCGGACGUCCUAAUUUCCAGAACGCCCAACAACAACAUCUACUACAUGAACACCUCCUCCUUCGAAGUGCCCUGCAAAAACAUCUUCUGCUUUGCGCACAUCCCCACGCGAAGACUUGGCUACAUGUCCAUGCCGGUCGUGACGCUCAUCGUGUGUUCCCUCCCAAGGUGGGUGCUUCAUGAAGGGGGCUCCAAGUGGGACCCAGACUCCCGAUGUAUGGGAAGACAAAGCGAUUACAUAUACGCACAUAAUAACCUUUCCUCUCCCCCCCUCAGAUUAAACUAUUUGUACAACAUCUCCCACUUUUCCUUUGCCUUGUCCAUCUGGAUCAUCCUCUCAGUUAUGAUCGUGUCCUACACGAUAUCCGAAAAGAAGCAUCUCAAAAACCUGGGGAAGCCAUAUGACGAUAUUAGUGCCAUGUGA